UGAGGGUUUGACGAUUGGAUGCAUCGACGAGAUCCAAAAACUCCACAUAAGAUCUAUUCCACUUUGCGAGAUGCCACGUCGUAUACAACAUCAAGAGAGUACACACACUAUUGGGAUUUUGACCAUAAGAGCGAUUUUGGAUGAAGCGACGAACUCCGAGAAACAUAUACCUUACUUUAAGAUUAUGGAUGAUCAGACCUUCGAAUUUUAUGACUAUUACGAAUUGCAGCAAUAUGAAACCGUAUUUUCCCUAUCCUCCGUGAAAUUUGAUAGUCAGGAUGAUGCACCAGAAUAUUAUGUGGUUGGAACCGGUUAUCUGGGUAAUCACGACGACAAUAAUACGGAUAGGGGUAGAGUGUUGAUUUUCAUUGUGGAAAGAACGGAAAUGAAUCUUAACAUUCGCCUAGUUUAUCAGAAAGAAAUGAAGGGUACCGUGUAUUCAGCCCUACCCUUUGAUGAAAAGUUAUUGAUAAGCGUUAAUGGCAAGGUGUC